CGGGGCGUUCGCGGCUCGCGCGGUCGUGGGCCGGGCCGCUGGCGGGCUCGGGUGCUCGGAGCUUUCCCCGCGCUGCCGCCCGGCCCUUCCCUCUGCUGCUGCAAGCGUUUUCCGGCUUGUGGAAAACGUGCAGCAAACAUGAAAUUCCCUUGGCCACUUCCAGGCGCGCAGCCAGCGGCUCCCGGCCCUUCCCCGCCGGACCCUCGCCCGGAAGAAUCCCGAGGCCUUCGUCCCGGCGGCGAUGCUGCCCCGGCGGCCGCUCGCGUGGCUCGCGUGGGCUUUCCGGGGUCCCCCGGGACCGCGCGGGGCCUGCGCCCCCGGAGCCGCGGGUGCUUGGGGUAGGCGGGUUGGUCCCCGGGCCCGCAGGGGCUGCUGCACCGCCCCCGGGACCCCGGAGGUGCAGCUGACCCAGGAGCGCUACCCCGUGCGGCGCCUGCCGUUCUCCACCGUGUCUGAGCAAGACCUGGCCGCCUUUGAGCGCAUCGUGCCCGGCGGGGUCGUCACGGACCCGGAGGCGCUGCAGGCCCCCAACGUAGACUGGCUGCGGACGCUGCGAGGCUGUAGCAAGGUACUGCUGAGGCCGCGGACGUCGGAGGAGGUGUCCCGUAUCCUCAGGCACUGCCACGAGAGGAACCUGGCUGUGAACCCACAGGGGGGCAACACAGGCAUGGUGGGUGGCAGCGUCCCCGUCUUUGACGAGAUCAUCCUCUCCACUGCCCUCAUGAACCGGGUCCUCAGCUUCCACAGCGUGUCCGGAAUUCUGGUUUGCCAGGCGGGCUGCGUCCUGGAGGAGCUGAGCCGGUAUGUGGAGGAGCAGGACUUCAUCAUGCCGCUGGACUUAGGGGCCAAGGGCAGCUGCCACAUCGGGGGAAACGUGGCCACCAACGCCGGGGGCCUGCGGCUUCUUCGAUAUGGCUCACUGCGUGGGACUGUGCUAGGCCUGGAAGCGGUGCUGGCUGAUGGCACAGUCCUGGACUGCCUGACCUCCCUGAGGAAGGACAACACGGGCUAUGACCUGAAGCAGCUGUUCAUCGGGUCGGAGGGCACUUUGGGGGUCAUCACUGCAGUGUCCAUCCUGUGUCCACCCAAGCCCAGGGCUGUGAACGUGGCUUUCCUUGGCUGCCCAGGCUUCACUGAGGUUCUACAGACCUUCAGCACCUGCAAGGGGAUGCUGGGCGAGAUCCUGUCCGCAUUCGAGUUCAUGGACGCUGAGUGCAUGCAGCUGGUCGGCUGCCAUCUCAACCUGGCCAGCCCUGUGCAAGAGAGUCCCUUUUACGUCCUCAUCGAGACUUCAGGCUCCAACGCAGGCCACGAUGCGGAGAAGUUGGGCAGCUUCCUGGAGCACUCGCUGGGCUCUGGCCUGGUGACGGACGGGACCAUGGCCACCGACCAGAGGAAAGUCAAGGAGACGGUAACCUGCACCUCAACGUGACGGCGGAGGCCUUCAGCCCAUCGCUCCUGGGCGCCCUGGAGCCUCACGUGUAUGAGUGGACAGCCAGGCAGCAGGGCAGCGUCAGCGCGGAGCAUGGCGUGGGCUUCAGGAAGAGGGACGUGCUGGGCUACAGCAAGCCACACGAGGCCCUGCAGCUCAUGCAGCAGCUCAAGGCCCUGCUGGACCCCAAGGGCAUCCUCAACCCCUACAAGAUGCUGCCCAGCCAGGCCUGACGGCCGCUCCUAUCACUGCCAAGGACCGCUGGGGGUCAGCGAUGGCCCACAGGGCGGGAGUGUUGUGCUGGCUCUGAGUGAUGAGCUGGCAGCGGGCAGGGGACCGUGGCCGUCACUGGGAACUGCAAGAGCAGGCCCUCUGCAGGAGUGUCUGGCAGAGCUGGGGGUGGGGCAGACUCCCCCCUUUGCAGGCAGGGCGAGGUGAGGUGUCUGCUGCCGUCCUGACCGGUCGGUGGCGUCAGCUUUGCCCCUGUGGAAGCGGAACUGGGUCUCUCUUGCCUGGUUGGGGGUCUCUGCCUCUGCCUUGCUUGCCGAAACCCUGAGGCACUGGGUGGUGGUUCUGCCGUUUGCUGCUGGUGGGGAGUGGGGGCUGUGGGCAGGGCCACGUAGGCCAUGACCCUGGGUUGCCGAGAUGACCCAGGGGCUGAGGCUGUGCUGAAUGGAUCCGGGUCCCACAGGCCGUGGGUGCCCUUGGGAAGGGUGGUGGUGGCUGGUGUCUGGGCCCGAGUGACAGGAAUGUGUCAUUUCCUCCGUCUUCUAGAGGGCCUGCCGGCUGGGAAGACAGUUACCAGGGCGAGCUUUGCUCUGAUCUCAGGUUCUGCUUCUGCAGAGGGUGUGCAGUGAGUGAGGCCACUGUGGAGCGCUCCUGCCGGUCAGCAGCCCUGGGCAGCCAGUGGGCUGUGCGACCCACUUGGGGGCACCUCUGUGCCUGUCGUGAACGUCCAGUAAAAAUCUGAAUUGGCUGCAACCUUC